GGCCGGAUGUGAGACUCGCCCGUAUCCGCCACACACGGUGUAUAGCAUGCGUCUGGCAUGUACGGUGUGUACAUGACUACAUGUAUGUGACGCCUGGGCUAUUGUGUGUGAGGGAAAGCGCGCACUUUUCUGGCUCGCGUUAGGUAACAGCUGUUGCUCCGUCCUCGCCUGUGAUUGGCUGCUCCUAAAUCCCCGGCCUCGGAUCCCGCUACAGGCCGCCUCCUGAUUGGCUGAUCUGCCCCUGGCGCCAAAUGCGAAUAGAGUAUAAAUAGCGGAGACCGGCUGCUGUGCCGCGUCUUCCCUUGCACGGUACACUACUAUACAGGCGCUCGGCUCCAUCACUGCCCAGCCCAUACACCACCGCUCAGCAUUAUCUCCGGCGCCGCCAUGCUAGCCUCCCGCAAGCCCUUCGGAGCAGUGACCGAGAACAUCUCCCCCAUGAAGUCCCUGACGCUGGUGGACAAAGAGAACACGCCGCCCUCCCUGAGCAACACCCGCAUCCUGGCCAGCAAGACCGCCCGCAAGAUCUUUCAAGAGCCGGAGCCCAGUUCGGUAAAAACCAAAGAGCAGAAGAAGCAAAGUGUUCAGGAUGAACCCCUCCUACGUGUUAACCCCAACCGCUUUGUCAUCUUCCCAAUCAAGUAUCAUGACAUCUGGCAAAUGUAUAAAAAGGCUGAAGCUUCUUUCUGGACUGCAGAAGAGGUGGAUCUAUCCAAAGACCUCUUGCACUGGGAGUCUCUGAAGGAUGAGGAGCGGUUCUUUAUUUCCCAUGUGUUGGCUUUCUUUGCAGCCAGUGAUGGCAUUGUGAAUGAGAACUUAGUGGAGAGGUUCAGUCAAGAAGUGCAAGUAACUGAGGCACGCUGUUUUUAUGGCUUCCAAAUUGCAAUGGAGAACAUUCAUUCAGAAAUGUACAGUCUUCUUAUUGACACAUACAUCAAAGAUCCCAAAGAAAGGGAGUACCUGUUCAACGCAAUUGAAACGCUUCCUUGUGUCAAAAAGAAGGCUGACUGGGCACUGCGUUGGAUUGGUGACAAACAAGCAAGUUAUGGGGAGCGUGUGGUGGCAUUCGCUGCUGUAGAGGGAAUUUUCUUCUCUGGCUCAUUUGCAGCAAUUUUCUGGCUGAAAAAACGUGGACUGAUGCCUGGUCUCACUUUUUCAAAUGAGCUCAUCAGUAGAGAUGAGGGCUUGCAUUGUGACUUUGCAUGUCUCAUGUUCAAACAUCUUGUGAACAAACCAUCAGAAGAACGGGUCCGCGCACUUAUUACUGAUGCUGUUAGCAUUGAGCAGGAAUUCUUGACUGAUGCUUUACCGGUAAAGCUGAUUGGCAUGAAUGGUGACCUGAUGAAGCAGUAUAUUGAGUUUGUUGCAGAUCGUCUUAUGUUGGAACUUGGCUUUAGCAAGGUUUUCAAGGCAGAUAAUCCUUUUGACUUUAUGGAAAAUAUUUCUUUGGAAGGAAAGACCAACUUCUUUGAGAAAAAGGUUGGAGAGUACCAGAAGAUGGGAGUCAUGGCAAAGACAUCAGACCAUAAAUUCACUCUAGAUGCUGACUUUUAAUUGAACUGCUUGGCUGCUUCAGAUGCAGUAAGAUGGGGCAUUUUAACCUUUUAUCUACAAUGAAAUUGGCACUGAUUAGGCACAACAAGCUACCAAAUGUGCCCUUAUCAGCGUGGUUCUUGUCUGAUAUCUGUAUUUGACACAUGCUAGUUCAGUGUAGGCAUUUGUACUUGAAACACUCAUGGGUACAGAAAUUGUACAGCUUGGUGUAUUACAAAGGGUGCUGUGUACUCUGCAGGGGAAGAACUGCUUGUUUAUGUUGUGAUUUUUCUUAGUGUAAAUUUAAUUUUUAAUGGUUUUUACAGUAUAAACUUUGCACUUUAAAUAAACUUUUUAUAAAAA